AUGUCAACUUUGCAAAAUAAUCAAUCACUCUGGAAGAUUCCAAGCGAAAAUCUAGACUCGAAAUAUGAAAAAUGUCGGAAUAUUACAGAAGAAAUAUAUAAAAGGAUAAAUAUAACCUUCCAAAUAAAGAAGUUGGAAACAAGUACACAAAGUGAUUUGUCAGACCAUAGUGACCAAAUAGAUAGCAAUGAAUUGAGCAACGAAACAGAUCUAUUUGCCUGUGAUAAAAGCUCACUAUCAAGUAGUACUGAGUUAGAAGCAUUGGAGAGAGGCAGUGAGGCUUGUGAGAAGUUCAUAAAUAACAACAACAAUGAAGAAACUAAGAAAAAACAAAUUCCAAUAUAUAAGAGGCCUCGGAAAAGGUUUAGAAAACGCGUGAAAAAACAACAACAUGCCAAGCAUGAGUCGGAUGGUUCAAGCGAUGAGGCUCUGCCGCUGAGUCAGGUGGUUGAUUUGGACAGCAUGAGGGAGAGUCGAGUGACCCCAUCUCCCUCCCAUGCUGUGAUGGGGGUACCUAACGUUGUGAUCACACCUAUUGAUUUAAAAAAAUUCAAAAUACCCCUCCCAGAGAAAAAAAUAAAGAAAAUUGAACCUAAACCAGAGACCACAGACAACAUAGAAGAGGCGAUCAUAAACAAAACGGAAGAAGACAACCAAGAGGAUCCACCCAAAGACAAAGUUGAGAAAUGGAAUUGUACAUUGUGUAGUUUGUCAUUCCGUGCUAAAAGGGGAUUAAGACGUCACAUGUCACUUUCUCAUAUAAUGAGUCCCGAGGAAGAGAAAAAGAUGAAUCAAAAGGAAGAAAUG